CCUAUAUGUAAUAAAUGUCAGAGCUUUUACAGCAGACAUCGUCUCUGUAAGAUUGAUGAGACUGGGACAGGAACGAUGCAGCAAAACGAGCAAAGAAAUCACUUUAACGAAACUUCUCACAGCCUGCUUGUAGUAACCUGAUGCAGCAAGACUGAAACAAAACAGAAAUCAUUGGCAUGGAGAAUUUUACCUCUGUGAUUUUGACAUUCAAAAAUAAAACCACUGAUCUCUGCACCAUGAUCUCCCCACUGGUGAGGCUUAGCCAUAUCUCUCUCCAGGUAUCUAAUGCUCAGAAAGUCAUCCGAGACCUGGUGACCAAGUACCGAUUUCACCCAUUUGCCUCCUGUGGUUUGGAUGGGAGAAGCUGGUGCCAAGUUGCACUGAGAAAUGGAGGAGUCAUAUUUAUGGUGAAUGAAAACCCUGGAGACACAGCAGAAAGCUCGUCUUUGCUCUAUGAUUACCCCAUCUCACAACCUUAUCCAGACACGGCCUGCAAUGUCAGCUAUGAGGUAGAGGAUGUACCCAGCCUGUGCCAACACUUGGCUGGUAAUGGUUGCCAGCUCUUGGUACCCCCUACAAAACUCAGUGAUAUUUUUGGUUCAGUAAUGUACUGUGUGGUGAAGUCUGCAAUAAGAAAUGUGAGCCACACUCUCAUUGAUCGAACACAAUAUGGAGCCAGCUUUCUCCCCGGAUUCCAGCAUCUGGAAAAUAAAAGCAAACAUUUUUCUUCAGAAGAUAUGACCCAUAUUGACCAUGUUACAUAUGUCCUCCCAAGGGGAGAUACGCCACGUGUCCUAGAGUGGUACCAGCGUUGCCUUGGUUUCCAGCACUUCCCACUCAAUAAAGGGGAGGACCCUCUAUAUGGUUUUGAGAUCACUGGACCCCAGAUAGGCCUCCGCAUGACCUCUGUUGAGUCCCCAACACUUAAAGAUAGGAGCAAGGCGGUUUUUUGUGAGUCACUUCCACAGGAAGGCAUUAACCAGGUGGACCAGUUCCUGAAACAUCAUGAAGGUGGUGGGAUUCAGCAUGUUGGACUCUCUACUUCAAACAUCUUCAAAAGUGCAAGAGCCAUGGCAGAGUCUGGGGUGCAGUUUGCAAGCCAGCCUUACACGUACUAUACCAACUCUAGAAAGCAAUUGGAAAUCCAUAGCGCUGGCUUAGAGCCUGAGUUGCUUUCAGAGUUUGGGAUACUGCUGGAUACCUCUGCUGUGGGGACAGCAGGAACCUCUGGAGGUUUUCUUCUGCAGGUGUUCGCUGAGCCUCUCUUCAGUAAGGAUUCCUUCUACCUAGAGUUAGUAGAGCGCAGGGGAGCAUCAGGGUUUGGUGAAGGAAAUAUACGAGCUCUCUGGCAGUCUAUGCAGGAGUGCUUGAAGGAGAAAGAGCAGGUGGAGACAGCUGCACCCACAGCGGUCGGACUGUUAGCUGACGGACAAGUGGCUGUCAGAUAACAGUCCGGCCACGAGAUAGAAUCGAUAGAUUAAAUAAAUAGAUUCGAUAGAUAAAUUUGAUAGAUAGAUUAGAUAAUUUCCCAAACAGAGAAUUACAAGAUGUGCGGACUGGGACCCAUGGUUAGGUUCCCAGAGGCGGUUGCAGCGCCCGAGGCUCUGAUUACAAUAGAGCACUCUGGAGCGUAUCUGCCCUUGGCCGAACUCGGAACAUGCUUCGGCAUUCUGUCCGAGCACCGUGCUAAACAGCUGCACUCACCGAACUAUAACUCAUAUAUAUAUAGCCCAAUAGGUUCAGUUGGUCUUGUGUAAUAUGUAUUCUGUUACCUUGCUUGUGUUCUUAUUUUUAACCCAUUCUCUGCCAGUGAGGACUGCGAUGAGCAGGGCUGUGUUGCAGCUUUGUCUGUCAGUCAGUGAGUUAAAGGUUCUCUUAUCUGGCAUAACAGUGAACUGUAGGUGAGUGCAAAUACAUUUAUCUCCCAUAAAACCUUAAUAUCAUUGUUUAUAUUAGUUACUGAAUUUGUAUUUAAAGGGGCAUUAACCCUUUCAUAAUGGUUCUUAUUUGUCUACAUCAGUGAUCCCAUUUAGAAAGCACCAUUGGCUUCAGUACAGCCAAAUGGCUAGGAAGUUCCAUGCUUUCUUAAUGGCACUAAACCCAGGUCAGUUAGGAUGGGAUGGAACGUCCUAACGUCGGGAAGGGGUUAAAUUCUAAGGGCUAGAUUACAAGAGGAGUGCUCAUUUAUUGCACGCACGUAAACGGGCAAAUUCACCUCUUUACGGGCGCACGAUAACUAAACCAGCCAAGUGGAAGUGCAAGCUCGCGGUAGCAAUUAGCACUCAAAAACUUAACCAGAUGUCGGACCUCUGGUUAAUUUUUUAAAUGUACCCCAACUGCCCCCCUCCAAAAAUAGUGCAGUGCCUUUAGUAAUAUUACAAAAAAAAUGUUUUAUUAAAUAACUGCACUAGGCAGUUUUUGGGAGGUGUGCCUUUACAUAGCGGUCUACGGGGACUGUGUGUUCUCCAUAAAUAAAUAUGUAUAUGCUUAUUUAUGUGUUAAUAUGGGUACAUAAAUACCCCUUCGCUGCCGUGUCUGAGGGCAUGAGAACGAGGCUCUCAUUGGAAUCGCUCCUCGCAUUGCACCCCACUUGUAAUACCAGCUCACAUUUGCACACGCUGCUAUUACUAAGUUGAUCGCAAAUAUGGCUUUUUGUGGAACCAGGGCCCCAGAGGGAAUAAAUAAAAGAAUGGAUGUGGACCUUUUCACUGAAUAAUUUUAUACAUUUUGUCCUCGCAUGUUGAUUGUAAACUUAAAGGUUUAGGUCGAGAUGUAUAAAUUACCAUAUGACUACACACAUAAAAAUAAGUUUGGAUUCCCCAUAGGUAAACAUCUUUUUUACUUCACAGGUUUCUUUGGUUGUCUAGAUCAUGCUUAGACCUUAAAUACAAUCUCUAGAGUGUUCUGAAUUGAUUCCUAACAGAAUUGUUAGAAUAGUCCUCUUCCUCCUUGACUUAUUUAUGUUCAUAUCUAUACAUAUCCUUUAUAUUAUAUCACAUUAAAGUUAGUCAUCUGUGGGAAGAAAACAAUAAUAUAUUUUUUAGGAUAUGUGAUUGUCUUAGUAUGUAAGGUUUUAGGUAGUUGUGCAAUGCCACCACAGUUUUUGUCACUGUCCUAAUGCAUUUUUAAUUGACAGUUGAAGUGUGAUGUUGAUUCACAGCGGUGACAUUGCACAACACCACUGUUAUCAAGUGUCUUUUUAUCGAGGUUAUUGGUUUGGUUAUGUAACUUUCUAAACCAGAUUUUACUACACAGAGUAAUCCUUGACUAUAGACAUGGCCAUUCCCUAAUUCACUAGUGCAUAUUGCCUGAUAGCAGUAAUGUUAGCCACUUUUUUGGAUACCAACAAUAAUCCUUACCAUACUACCAUGGGACAAUUCUUUGCAAUGAUUAUUAUUUAUUAUUAAUUAUGUUAUAACAUUUAUCUGGGUUUUUAUUUUAAGCAACUAUGUAUGUUUUUUAUUUUCAAAAAAACAUUUCAUUUUUAAAAAUAAUAUAUUCAUUUAAUUCUUUGUAUAUUAUUUGUUCACUUUUACAUUUAUUUUUCCUAAGCAAAAACAAAUUUGUCCUAAAAUUAUUUGUUCUUUUGAAAAUGUACAAUGUUUAUUAUUAUUAUUUUAUCCUUGUUUCUAUUGUUAAGAUAUGUUAUUGUGUUUAUUGCUAGAUAUGAGUAUUGUUUCUUGUGAGACCUAUGUAGGAGCUGACACCCUUUCACAAACUGCCAUUAAUUUACUAUUGGCUAAUUGCAAUUUACAUAGUUUAUUUGCUGAUUGGCUGCUGGCCCCUAUAUAGGUCUUGACUUACCUAGACUCUUUAGCCUCUGAUGAAGCGCAUGUGCGCAUGCGCGAAACGCGUCAGGUGUUCAUCUGAACCUGUACCUGUUAUUUGGCAAUCUGGCUGAAUAAAGAUACUUUUUGCAUCAAG